AUGGACAAUCCUAAUCUUCCAAUCAUUGUGGGCGCAGCAGUCGUUGUUGUGCUGGCCCUGUUGGGAUUUGUGUUGAUGAGCAAAAAGAAGAAGGAAAAGUCGGAUCCGUACCGGUUUGGUGGGAAGAAGGACGUCAAGAACGUCAAGGUCAAAGCCAAGAUUGUCUGGUUGGAGGCAUCGGAUGGUCAAUUCGACACUACCUUUGAUUAUCAGGCGCGCAAAGAAAUCAAGAACUCCAAAUUGAGGUUUCACUUUCAAACCAUUGUCGAUGCAUGGGCCAAGCACCGAUGCGGAGGUAUCAUCAUUACCAACUCCAAAAAUGGAAGAGAGAAACAAGUCAUCAAAUUCAAGGACGCACAAAAAGUCAAUCGAUCUCCCUACUUGGCCAUUGACUUUGUGGCCUUUACAUCGGAUCAAAGGAGAGUCUUGCUCUUCCUGGAAGGACUGAAAUACGAAGAAAUCAAGUGUGAAGAGGAAAUAUUCGAACUGGGAAAGGCAAAUAUCCUCGCAUGCUCGGAAGGAGGGAGAAAGACGUGCCAAAAGUCGAAUUUGGCUUUUCGUGAAACCUUUAUUGCUCCUACUCAAAAGAAAGACUAA